AUGUGGAGUUGGUGCUCAAGAACAUGCACUUGGCCAAGUUCUUCUCUCACCGAUGGAGUCUACAAGGAGCUCACUUGUGAGUUUUUGGCUUCAAUGAGGUACCACAUGAGUAGAGAGCUCGAUCGAGCUGAUUGGACCAAGGAUUGGGAUGGAUCACGUUCUUGGCAAGGGAGAGAAGAAAUGGUGACCUUUAGGCAGCUUGGAGAUCUGUUUGGGUUCACUAUGGAGAGGGAAAGUGGAACAUCAAGGAAGAAGAACUCCAAAGAGUUUGGGCUACAAUCGCUGAUGGAGUGUACUCUUCCUCAAGGUCCAAGGCUGCUCAGAUCAGGAGCCCAGUGCUUGAGAUAUGUGCACAAGGCACUUGCCAACACCUUCUUUGCAAGGAAGGCCACGGGACAAUCAAUGAGGAGGGAAGCUCCUUGA